AUGGCUGCGGCGCUGAUGUCGCGAACGAUGUCGGGGAAAGCCGAGGAAGGGAAAUCAUCCAACAUGCAGAGCAAUGCCGAGAUGAAGAAGGCUGCGAGCAUGCGGAUGCUGAUGGAACAACAAAAUGAGAACCAGAAACCUUCCUUUGGACAGGUCAUAGCAAACGAUCAUAGCACACAUGGGAGCAUGUCUGAAGAGCUCGUGUUGAAGGAAUGCGGCAAGCAGCUUCGAUCUGGCAUCCUCGAGAAGAAGAUCGCUGGUACAGUCGUCACAUGGAAGACACAAGGCGUCGUCCUCACCGACCGCAUGAUCUGCUUCCUCAACGACGAUGGCGUCAUCGAGGACGACGAGACCGUGAUCGACUACAUCCCGCUGCAUGAGGUGGUGCAGCUGAUGAUGGAGGGGGAGAACAAGAGCGAGCGCGAGGAGAAGCUUUGCCUCAUCAUCCGCACGGUAGAGGGAGGACACAACUCCGGGCGUACGUACGUGUAUCGGAUGAAGACGGAGGCGGAGUGCCUUGAAUGGCACAAGGACAUGUCGACGGGGCUGAAGCUGGCGAUGAAGGCGAAGCGGCAAGAGCAAGAGCUGCAAGAGAUCGGGGACAGCAAGUAUCUGUGGCUGCGCUUCAAGGCGAAGAAGCUGAUCAAGGCGCGGACAACACACAUAGUGAUGUCAGUGCUGAUCUUGCUCAACUUCUUCGUGGAUGUGUACGAGGCCGAGAGCCUGCCCGAGGCAUCAUCAAGCGAUGGAGUGUUUGUGAGGACGGUAGGGAUACUUGUUACAGCUUUCUUCACAGUAGAGGUGUCGGUAGCAGCGUUCGCCAUGUCCGAGAACCACUUCAAGCCCUUCUACUCAGACCCCUGGAACAUCAUGGACCUCAUGGUCGUCGUUGUCUCGUUAGUCUCGCUUGGCUUCGAGACAGACCCGCAGCUGAAGGUGUUGGGGCUUGUGCGGAUCUUCAGGGUAGCGCUUGUGUUCCGACAGGUGAAGAGCUUGAACAGAAUCAUCACGGCGCUGGGGAGGGCGGUGGUGCCGCUGAUGAACGCGUUCAUGCUGCUGCUGCUGGUGUCGUGCUUCUACGCGAUCCUGGGGACGCAUCUGUUCAAGGACUACGACAAGAACUUCUUCGGGUCCUUCAGCGCGUCGCUCUUGUAA